AUGAGACAGGCCUACAAGGCACCCGGCAACAAGUCUUCGCGCCGUAUUGAGACUCAAUCAAAGGCGCACGAUGAUACAGGAACACAAAUCACCAAAACUUUUGACGCCAACUCGAAUCACAUUGAGUCACUUUCCAAGUCGCAAGACAUGAAUCUACAAUUUGGCGACUUUAAAUGCCUCGGAGGCUCGUACGGGAUGACAGUCAAUAUUAUUGUCAACGACUGUCCGCAACCACCGGCCGAUGGUGAGCCGAAGGUACCUUGGGUACAUGAGCACAGUCUCGGCGAGUUCCAUCACAGAUAUGAGGAUGAGCUUCAUGCUGCCUGA